ACAUAUGUAACACCGGUUUCUUACGGCAAACUCAAAGUUAAGGAUUACUUGAGUUUAGAGGACGUGUUGACACAAAUGAAGCCAAUCGUCACCGAAAAGCCACAACACAUGGAGUUAUUAAACAUUGGCUCAAAUUAUGGUCAAAACUAUGGUUUCAUUCUCUAUAGACUCACAAACUUACAGAAGUUUAAGCAUCUAAAACUAACCGGUGGUGCUUCUGAUCGGGGAGUCAUACUCGUGGACCACAAAGAAGUUGGUGUCGUUGAGGGUAAGAAAGACUAUAAUCAGGACUUAAAAGACACACAAUUUGCAAACACAACGACUCAUACGUUGGAUAUUAUGGUUGAAAACUGGGGACGUCAGAAGAUCGGUAAUAUGAAUAUCGAUCGCAAGGGUCUUAACGGUGACGUUGAUAUCGAUGCAAAAUUUAAUAAAGAGAGGUCUCAACCAAAGCUAUUAAUACCUAAACCCCCGACAUAUGUGGCUCCUGUAUCUUAUGGUAAGAUAAAGGUUAGGGAUUACUUGAGUUUAGAGGACGUGUUGACACAAAUGAAGCCAAUCGUCACCGAAAAGCCACAACACAUGGAGUUAUUAAACAUUGGCUCAAAUUAUGGUCAAAACUAUGAUGGUGCCUCUGAUCGGGGAGUCAUACUCGUAGACCACAAAGAAGUUGGUGUCGUUGAGGGUAAGAAAGACUAUAAUCAGGACUUAAAAGACACACAAUUUGCAAACGCAACGACUCAUACGUUGGAUAUUAUGGUUGAAAACUGUGGACGUCUGAAGAUCGGUAAUAUGAAUAUCGAUCGCAAGGGUCUUAACGGUGACGUUGAUAUCGAUGCAAAAGUUGCCACAAAUUUCCAGACAUUUCCGCUUGAAUUCAAAGAACCAUUUGUUAAACAAUUGUCUGAAUUGAAGGGAAAACCUUUCGUUGAGGGCUUAAAAAGUCCAGCCGUUUAUCGGUUUGAAUUGGAUAUUAAGGACAGUCCUAAGGACACAUUCAUACGACUGGACGGUUGGUCGAAGGGAAAUGUAUUUAUCAAUGAUUUCAAUAUAGGCCGGUAUUACCACAUCGGACCCCAACAGACACUAUAUAUCCCUGCACCGUUACUAAAAACGGGCAAAAAUGAAAUAUUAGUAUUUGAAUUGCAUUCAUCGACUGGCCUGGUUGAAUUUGUUGAUACCCCACAUUUGGGAUAA